AUGACUAUUCUUCCAAAGAAGAAGCCAACAAAAGACAAAAAUGACCCAGAAAAUACGGAUCAUAGCCACCACUCGUCCGCGAAUGAAUCGAGACAUGAAAAAGUGGGACGUUCUAGAAGUUCUCCCACCCGAUGGCUUCCUGCUUCCACCUCUUUCGAUGAUAAACGGGAUUCUGGUGGAAGUUCGUACGAUGGUCAUGACAGUAGUUCAAAUCAUAAUAAACGACGACACAGAUCGUCACCCCACAGGAACGUUCGUAAACAUAGACAUGACCCUCGAGGAAGUCACCACCCUCCGACAUCGUCAUCGUCCCACGUCGGAGUCGUUGGUGGAGGAACCGUGCCUGGGGCAGUUUCUGUCGGAGUUGCAGUGGUCGGCAAUGGUUCUUCACCUUCUGAUUAUGAAUCUAUGACUGGUGGUUACAACAGCGAAGAUGAACACGCAGCCCCUGGACGGCAACUACAAGAUAACACUGAUGAGUUGGAACACUGGUUUGAAGCAACUUUAAAAGAGAAAAAAGGAUUCAUUGUUAAGAAAAUGAGAGAAGAUGGGGCUUGUUUAUUUCGAGCUGUUGCUGACCAAGUUUUUGGUGAUCCAGAGAUGCAUUCUGAUGUGAGAAAAACUUGCAUUGAUUACAUGGCUAAAAAUGUAGAUUACUUCAAACAUUAUGUGACAGAAGAUUUCAAUACUUACUUAAACCGUAAAAGAAUGGACAGCUGUCAUGGUAACCAUGUGGAAAUGCAAGCACUGUGUGAAUUGUAUAAUCGACCCAUUGAAGUCUAUCAGUAUAGCAUAGAUCCAAUUAACACUUUUCAUAGUGCAUAUAAAACAGACAAUGAACCAAUUCGAAUUAGUUAUCACAGGAAUGUACAUUAUAAUUCGGUUGUGGAUCCUUUUAAAGCCACAAUAGGUGUUGGGCUUGGAUUGCCUGGUCUUCAGCCUGGUUUGGCUGAAAAAAAUCUGAUGAGAGAUGCUGUAACACAAUCAGAAGAUUUCCAUAUUGAAAAAGCUAUGCUUGAGGACAAGUUACGGGAAACAGACUGGGAAUUGACUCAAGAAACAAUUGAAGAACAAGUGGCUCGAGAAUCUUACCUUCAGUGGCUUAGAGACAAUGAAAAGAGAGCUAAAAUUCAAGGCCCAGCACGAUCUGCUAGUGCAACAUGUAGUUCAUCCAGUGAGUAUGCAUUGAUUGGGCCUGAAACAGUUGCCUCUCCUGAUUGUGGUCGCCUUGGUCGUUCUCCACGUCAUCGGAGUGCUUCCAAUUCAACUCAAAGCAGUCCACAUUCUGCUGAAAAUUGCAUAGAAAAGUUGCAAUCACAGCCAUCUCAACAACCCCUGCCACAGCAGCAUUGUAGUCCAAAUCGACCUACAGAUUUAACUCUGCAUUCAGGAAGCCCCAAGUCACCCCAAAUAGGGAAUGAACCUCUUCUAGGUGCUGUUGCCGCUGGGACUGGUGGAAGCUGUCCAACCUCUGAUGUGGCAAGUGGAGGCUUUGAUGAAACAGCUUCUAUCAUGAACCGUUUGCCUCCAACAAUGUUUGGUCUUACUGAAUGGGAUGAAGAUGACAUUUUGGCCCAAGUAAUUGCCCAGUCUCAGCAAGAAUAUCUUGAUAGUUUAAAGAAGAAUGCAGCUUCUACUUCUGUUUGUGACAGUUUACCCAUGGACCAGUCAACACAUUCUUCCAGUUAA